GCGCGCGGCCUGCGGCGUCUGGCGGGCAGCUGGCGGCGCACGCGUGGCGGCUGCCCAUUGUUGUCCAGCGUGCCUCUCGGAGAGAGAGAGGGCUGCUGGCAGCGACGGAUUGCGGCAACCGUGCAGGCGAGUUGCCUGCGGUGGCUGGCGGGCAGCUGGCGGGGCACGCGUGGCGGCUCCGCGGUGGUGCUCGAGGCUCGGUCGCCGCCGUCCGUGGCUCUGGCGGGCAGCUGGCGGCUUACGCGCGGCGGCUGCCCCCGGUGGUGCUCGAGGCGCGCGGCCUGCGGUGGCUGUGGCGGGCAGCUGGAGGCUUACGCGUGGUGGCUGCCCCCGGUGGUUCUCGAGGCGCGCGGCCUGCGGUGGCUGGCGGGCAGCUGGCGGCGCACGAGUGGUGGCUGCCCGCGGUGGUGCUCGAGGCGCGCGGCCUGCGGUGGCUGGCGGGCAGCUGGCGGCGCACGCGUGGCGGCUACCCGCGGUGGUGCUCGAGGCACGGUCGCCGCUAUCCGUUCUGUCCAGCGGCCUCUCCGGCGGAGGGGCUGCUGGCAGCGGGACGGAUUGGCGGCAACCGUGCAGGCGCGUUGGCCUGCGGUGGCUGCGGGCAGCUGGCGGGCGCACACGUGGCGGCUGCCCGCG